AUGGGACUGGCGGACUGUGGUCACUGCAGACAUAAAUUCCCCCGGAGGCUCCUUGGAGUCCCAGGCAGAGUUGGGCUUUGGCCUCCAGCGCCGCGUCCCGCUCACGGCAUCGCUGGGGGUGGCAGAAGCAACGACUUGCGGGAGCAGGGCCCCGCCACCAACCAGCUGCUGGAGGACCUCGGGCGGCGGCUCGCGCGCGCCUUCCAGCCGGCAGUGCAAGCCGGGGCUCGGCGAGCGCGGGAGGCGGCGGCUGCAGCGCGGGACCAGCAGAGCUGGGCGCGCGUCGAGUGCGCACUGGCCGCAUUGCGCUCAGAGCUGCUGGAAAUGCGUUUCCAAAGCCAUCAACUGGCCAAAACUUUACUGGAUUUAAACAUGAAAAUGCAGCAGUUGGCAAAGGAGCAAGAACUGGAAGCUGCAUUGGAAUCUCAAAGCCCAGAAGAUAAUGCUAUGAAUCUGGAACAUGGAAAUUCACAGUUGAAUUCUGACUCCUAA